UUACCAAACUGUCCACAAAACCAAAACAACACAGAAUAGGUAGAAAGUGAAGAAAAUAGAAAGCUAUAGAGGGAAAAAUCAAAGUCAAAAAAAGCCAUCAAAUCAUAUACCCAAAAUCACCAAUCUAUGGCAGAAACCAAACAAGAAGAACCUUUACAACAACAAGAAAAUCAAUCAAUAAUCUCCUCUAUGUUUCUCAUAAAAAUCAUGAGCAAAAGGAGAACAUGGGUAUUUCUCUUUGUUUCCGUUUACACAAUUUUAUUAUCAAUUUCUUGGAAUUUUCUUAAAACAGUGCUUUCUUGGUAUGAAUCCACUAUGUCAAAUUCCUCAACUUCAGCUUCAGCUGGUUGGCCUGCUUUAUAUGCAUCUGUAUUAUUAGGUGUAGCUUUUGGGGUUUUGUCUAUGGUAGCAGCUUUAGCUGUUGCAGUUCCAGCUACUUUAGUUACUUGGAUUACAAUUUUGGUUUUGUUGACUUUUGCUGGAAAACCGAGAAGGGAUUUGGUUUUAGAAGGCAAGAAAUUGACUGCUGAUAUUACUGGAUUUGUUGUUAAGGUUUUGAUUAAGGAAGGGAAUGUUGUAGCUGCUUUUUGUGCUGUUCUUGGUUAUUUUGCUCUUGUUAGAAGGAGUAAAGAAGAUCGUGUUGUUGAUUAUUGACUUGAACUUGAAAUUGGGCAAUCAGGAACAAAACAGUUUGUAGAAUUUUUAUUUUUAUUUUUGCUUUCUUAUUUUUUAAGUUUAUUUGGUUAGUUAGGAUGUAAUGUUCAAGUUAUUUGGUUUUGAAGGGUAGCCUCUCCGUGAGACUUAUAGAUCACGGUUCGAAUCGUGAAAUCAACUAUUGAUGUUUGUAUGCUUACGUCACAUUAUUUUAGGGUGCUAUCUUUUUUCGAAUCCUGUUUUAACACGGAAUGAUUUAUGCACCGAAAUGCCUUUUUGGUUAGUUAGGAUCUCUUUGAGAAGCUGUAUCUUAACAGUAGAUUAUCAUAAAUGUCUAUGUAUCAUAUAGUCCGUGAACUGGAUUCAAUUAUGCUGCUCGAGUAAUUUCUUUUUGUUUUUGGUUAUUAUUUGUAAUGUACUAAAAGAAGAAAGUCUUGUGACCUUCUUUAUGGAAGUUGUGGACCAGAGGUCAUUGAUAUUGA